CAUUGUUGGAAUUCGAUUUGAAAUCAACUACGCAUAUCAGAAAUGUUUCAUUAGAGAAGAAUUUUUCAAUUAAAAUGGAUGUAGAUUCGUGAUUGUUUGAUAAAUAAAAUGCGGUAUCAGACAUUUAUUUAUUGCUUUUUGUGUUUUGUUACCGAAAUAAUAGCAAUACAAUUGUACUUCAUAAACAUAAAUAAUGAUAAACAAUUAAAAUUAUUAUCCGAUCAAUUCAAGAAGUUUCUAGAACCGACUAUAGACGAGCUUCGCUCAGAUUACGAAUUUAAAUCUGUCAAAAACAUAUGUGACCGCCAUUUUGGCAGCAUAUACGGAACCAAGGCACAAAAAUUGUUAUGCCUUGAAAAUUACAAGCAACGUAAAUUACGAAAUGAACCUUAUAAGAGGCGAAGGAAGCAAACCAAACAACCAAAACAAUUUUUUGAUAUGACAAGAGGAGUUGUGUCUAAAUUUUCGUCGGAUUAUAUCGAUUUUAAAGCUAAUAGAAAUAUGGACGAUUUUUCUAACGACUAUUUAGACGUUGGCGACUUAGUUCGAAACGAUUACGAAGCGAGACGAGCUUGGCCUUACGAAACGAAACUCCAUAAAACUAAAGGCACGUUAAGAGCUGACGAUUCCGAUACCUCAUCUGAAGAAGAAUCUGACGAUAGUCAAAAUAGAUAUCAGAUUGUCGACAAUCAGUCUUCAGAAAGCGAUAGCGGGUCUUCAGAAUCUGACAGUGGAUCGAGAGAGGCCAAAAAGGUAUCCAAGAAGGAAGCUAAGCUUAUAUAUUUCCAGGGUCGGAAUAGAUACGUCAAAGAUUACGAUGGAAGGAAAAGGUUGCAACAUUUUAUGCCAAAGAGGUAUCAUUGGGAUGAGGGAGAUAUUAAAAGACUAGGUUAUUAUUGGUUUAACGGACCUCGGGGAAGAUUUGCGGAGGCUGUGAAUCUGUCAUAAAUAAAUAUUUUGUAAUAUA